ACAUCACAUCGACUAUGUUUGAAAUAGCAUACUGCACUUCAUGAGUAGAAGAGGGAGUAGUACGGAAGUUUAGGAUCGCUCGUGAUCAUGUGACUGUCUGCGGUCAUGUGACAGUGAGUGUGAAGAUGGCAGAGAGACGCGAGCAUCAGAAUCUCCUCAAUGAAGAAGAUGAAGAUCAUUACCAGAACUCAAUGAAUCCGGUGUGUGAUCCGAAUCAUCUGCUGCACCGGAUAGUCGUUCUCAUCUUCAUGUGUUUUCUGGGCUUCGGCAGUUACUUCUGUUAUGAUAAUCCAGCUGCUCUUCAAACUCAAGUCAUACAGGAUAUGAAUCUGAACACAGCGUCGUUCAUGCAGCUGUACGCGUGGUACUCAUGGCCCAAUGUUGUUCUGUGUUUUCUGGGUGGCUUUCUGUUGGACCGGGUGUUUGGCAUCAGGUUGGGGACAAUAAUCUUUGCACUGUUUGUGUUGUUAGGACAGAUAAUAUUUGCGGCUGGCGCACUGGCUAAUCAUUUCUGGUUGAUGGAAGCGGGGCGUUUUGUUUUCGGUAUUGGCGGUGAGUCACUGGCUGUUGCUCAGAACACGUAUGCUGUGAACUGGUUUAAAGGAAAAGAACUGAACCUCGUGUUUGGUCUACAGCUCAGCAUGGCCAGACUGGGCAGUACAGUGAACAUGAACAUCAUCGGUUGGGUGUAUGGCCGCAUUCAGACUAUGACGGGCUCUGCUGGACACACAACACUGGGAAUAACACUCAUGAUCUCGGCAUGCACGUGUCUCUUCUCUCUCGUCUGCGCUCUGGUUCUGGGGUUUCUGGACAGACGGGCUGCGAGGAUACUGAACAAAGAGCAGGGCAAGACCGGUGAAGUGAUCAAGCUGACUGAUGUGAAGGAUUUCCCCGUCUCCCUGUGGCUCAUCUUCAUCAUCUGUGUGGGAUAUUACGUGGCCAUAUUCCCAUUUAUCGGACUGGGACAAGUUUUCUUCAUAGAGAAGUUCACUUUCACUCCUGUCCAGGCCAGAGCUAUCAACAGUGUCGUGUACAUCAUCUCGGCUCCUGCAUCGCCUCUGUUGGGCUUUCUGGUCGAUAAGACGGGCAGGAACGUCAUGUGGGUUCUACUGGCUGUCAUUACCACGCUCAUCUCUCACAUGAUGCUGGCAUUUACCCUCUGGAACCCCUGGAUCGCCAUGUCUAUCUUAGGUCUGUCGUACUCUCUGUUGGCUUGUGCUCUCUGGCCGAUGGUGGCAUUUGUUGUAGCAGAACAUCAGUUGGGAACUGCAUACGGAUUUAUGCAGUCCAUACAAAACUUGGGUCUGGCCCUCAUCUCCAUGGCAGCAGGAUCAAUCUUAGACAACAAAGGUUACCUUUUCCUUGAGGUGUUCUUCAUUGCCUGUGUUUGUUUCGCUCUGAUUGCUGUGGUGUUGCUGUAUCUCUAUGAUUAUAUCAAAGAGGGGGAGCUGAACCUGUCUGCGUCAACACGAGCCAAAAACACCAAAGCUUUAUCUGAGUCUUCUGAGUGAUGGAGCCUCUGACCUCUGACCUCCGAGCACCUGUCCUGCAUCUGUCCUUUACCACGGGUGUUUCUGCACUAAACACUCUACUGUCACUCAUCACUGAGCACAUCUCUUCUCUUAACUCAUCGUGAGACUCUAGGAGUCUGGCCUUGAAUAGCACUUAGGUCAAUAUGAUUGAACGUGUUGAGGUGAAUCUUACGAAACCUGCAUUCAUAAAGAUCCCAAAUCAAAAGAAAAAUGAAAAGUGAUAGUUUGCUUAAAUGAAGCCUUCUUUAGUCCCAUUCGCUUUUCAACAGGCACAUUUCACCUCCAAUUGUCAUUCACAACAUUUGUUGUGCUGGAUUUAGUUUAUGCUGAUUUGAAUUAAAAAUGUCAUUGUGUGUAGACAGAAUGAUGUUAGGAAUCAGAUUGUUAAAUCACAGAGAUUUGUUUGUUUGUUUGUUGUUUUUUUUGUGGCCAAAUAUGACCUGGAUAUGUUUACUUGUUUUGUACUUGUUGACUCAGGGAAACAUUCGUUACUUUAUGAAAUCAUCAGCAUUGGUGAUAAGCAGAAAUAUCUGUUAGCAUUAGAGUCCAUGAGGAUUUACCAGUGAACAAGAGAUGCGACAGUUGUCGUGUGAUUACUUAAGUCCAAAAGUACUUUUAACAAACUGCUACUUCUAAAACACUUCUGGAGAGUAGGACUUUUAUUUGUGGCCUUUAUAAAUGGAAAGCACUAGUAAGAUUGUCUCAACCAGUGCUGUUCAUAUUAAUGAUGAAAGUUAUGAAGUGUUUGUGAACUGAUAAUCUGGCAUUGUUCUUGUUUGGUAAGUGUAUCGUCUUCUCACAAGUUUUAUAACCCCUAAGAGUUCAAGGGCGAUUUCUAGUUCAGGUUCGACUGACAGCUGUUAAUGGAUUUCUGCUCAACAUAACUCUGAAGCGCCUGUUUUAGCUUUAACUUUUAUUUCUUUGAUUUUGAAUUGAUUAAAUGUUUUGACAGUGACAUCAGUAUUACUGGAAUGAUUUUACACCACUGAAAGGUUUUGCUUCUGUGUAUUGUUUCUGUAUCACUCAACAUUGAUGAUCCUUACCGUUUUUGAGUGACAGUGCACAUGCACACAUCUAUCAUUAGGAACCUUUAGAAAUAUUACUGACCUGUUUAAUGACAUUCAGUCUUCUGCACAAUAGUAUAUUAGAAACUGCACAUUGUCAUUCUUAAUCUAAUGGAAUAUGAAACAUUAGCAGACAAGCUCAAAUUGUUUGUUAUGAUCCUUAUAUUUCCUUAAAUCACAUUUUCUAUAUAUUUUAGACUCAUUGUGUUUUAACUUUGUUCUUAAUCUAUAGAUAUGCUCUGCUAUGAUUAGUAAAGAUUGAGUUUUGAAAUGUAUGUUUUCAUAGUUCAAUGAACUGUUCCUUCAAAAGAUCAAUGGAAAUGAGAUUUCUCAUGAUAUGAUAAUCAUAAUUGCCCUUUUGGAUCGUUUUUGUCAUAGAUCAAAAUAUCUCGGAGCAUAACUGCUGCAGUGCGGCAUAUUUCGAGAAAUGAUGAAGAGUUUUGAUUGCUCUGUUUCCAUUCUGAAUCUGUAACGUAGUCUGUGUGAAAAGACGGCUCUCAUCUAGACUGGAACACCUCAAAGGAGACGUUGCAUUCAUAAAAACGGAAUUAUCUGUGUUUUAUUAUGAUUGCACUGAACUUUGGGAGAUUGUUUUGAUUUCACUCAGGCUUUAUUUUUAUACUGCACAUCUCUGGGUGCUAGUGGCCAUUAAAAUAAUACAAAA